CACUCCUCUUUGCUGGCUUGACAAUGCCUAGCAAGAAAUACUGAGUUCUUUGUAGCAGUAGAAUGCUGAAAAGUGAAGUGGGAUGGGGUCCAAGGUUCUCGGGCUGCUCAGCCAGCAGCUGAGCGUGGAAUCGUGGCAUCUUUUAAUUCAGAAAAGACCUCUCAGGUCAUCCAGCCAGUAACUCAGCGCUGCCAAUUCCACCACGGAACCCACACCUGUGACACGUCACCAUCUCUGCAACGCGUCGCCCUGCUGGGCCCCGGGCUCGUGGUGCUGGGGAGUAGGUGUGGGGACAGUGGCACGGCACAUCCUUGGUUGGGCUCGAUGUUCUUAGAGGUCUUCUCCACAUUCGCUGCUUCUGGGAUUCGAGGAUUCUGGCGUGAUAUUAGGAUUCCCCCCUUUGGGGCUGGCUGCCGUUGGGUUCCCAGCACUCAGUGCCCGUCCCCUGAUCCCUGGCUCCUUCCCAUGCCCUGGAGCCAAGGUGGGGGCUGGCUGCAUGCCUGGCUCAGCCUGUGCCAGGGGACUGUGCCAAGCCCAGGGGCAUUUUGGAAUGCGAGGGGGGUCCCAAGAGAAUAAAUGCAGCCCGGGCUUCUUGCAGCCUCACCCAGCUCCCGGCGCACAGGGGAAGAUGAAAGCAGUCGCUGUCACCGUGCUCCUGCUCCUGGCCUCCAUGUGCCUCCAGGCACAGGCUGGGGUGUGCAGAUGGGUUCUUGGAGACGGGCCGGCUCGCAACCACUUUCUCCUUGGGUUCCCUCGCUUCCUGCUCUUUGCGUCCCCUCCGUCCCCUCGGUUCCCUCUCUUUGGGUUCCUCCGGUUCCUUCUCUUUGGGUCCCUGGCUUCACUCGCUUUCCUCCUUCUCCUGGAUGACUUAGAGGAGGGAACAAGCGGAGCUUAUGACAUAGCAGUGAGUACUGUGGUGCCCUCGGGAGGUGCCUCCCAUUUGGGAGCCCCGGUUCCUCAGCGCUUUUUGAGCAGGUUCUGGUGCCCACCGGGAUCUCCUCAUUUCUCCCACUGCAGCUUAAGUUGCUACGAGGGAAGCGGAACUCCCAUCCCUCUCCCCCCCUGCUGCCGGAGCUCCCAGAUCCCGUGGCUCUGGAUCUUCCUAUCCAAGGAUGAAACAUUGGUGUGAACCCUGUGCUGGCCCCACCGUGCUCCAUAAGGACUUGAUCAUCCCUGCACGUCUCCACCAGAUCUUCGAACGAACGCAGCCCAUUUUCCCAUAACAAACCACCAAUAAACACCCCCAGCAAAGCGCCUGUGUCCGUGUGUCCCUCUAUUCCGGCAUCCAUCAGUCCCUCUGUCCUUCUGUCCACGUGUACCCCAUUAUCCCUGCAGUAACUGCAUUACUGCACGAUUCUGUGAGUUCCAGUGCGCUGAGCACAGUACUGAAGUCGAGGACACGGCGCUGAGUGACACUGGGUCCCCUCCGAGUCCAUUUCGGGCUCCCGCGGCGCCCCGGCUUUGGGAGCGGCCGCGUCAGCCGUGCGGAACGGCGGCGCGCAGGCUGUGCCGGCUGCCAUCGGCCGGGGGCGACGGAGACGGCCCGUCCCGGCCUCUCAUUGGUCGGCGCCGGCGCCGCCCCGCCCCCGGCCUCCCUCUCAUUGGUCAGCGCCGGCUGGUGCUGCUGCCG